AUAGAGAUUAAAUAAAAAAUGGCGGCGUUCGAAUAGAUUCAGGAUUGUUGGUGAGUGCUAGCCAGUAAGGAUGUCUACAAAGCGUCCAGCAAGCGAUGCUGGGGCGUCGGGCUCUGAUGGCCCACCUGCCAAGAAGAGCUUCACCAGGAUUGAACCCCUCAAUCUUGGGUCAAUCUAUUCCCUGGAGCAAAUGGACAUGAAAGUGCUCCAGUUCCAAAACAAAAAGCUAGUGGAGCGUAUCGACCAGCGCAAAAGAGCUGAGGAGGAACUUCACAAGCGUAUUGAACAGCUUGAGAACAGACAGCGCACUGAUGACGCCGUCCUUAUGAUCGUCAACAGAUACUGGAAUCAGCUUGAUGAAGAUGUGAGAGUGCUGGUACAGAGAUUUGAUGCUGAGACAGCUGAUGAGGAUGAAAACAAGAAUCAGAGCACAGAGACCACUUCAUUUCUGGCGCUGCUGUCCACCUGGGACCGGCAGGAGCUGGAACAGAGGCUCGGUCAGCGCGUGGAGUUCUCCAAGCGAGCCAUUGGAAAGAUUCUGCAAGCCUUUGAUAGGCUGCUGCAGAGGAACGAGAAACUGCACACGACUCUGCGGGAACGAGUCGAGGUGGAAGAAGACUUGAAGCAGGAAGUCCCUCUAGCCCCUUCAGAGCAUUCCCGCCAGGACAUAUCGCCAGUGAAAUCUGAGACUGAUGUGAAGAAGGAAGUGAAAACAGAAACAGCAGAGGGGGAGGAGGCUGGAGCGGGGAAGUCACAGCAGGGGGAUGAUGUGAAACCCAGCGUGGAGGGAGGGGAACUAGGUGCAGUCAAGGCUGAACCUGUUAAAGAUGAAAGUUCCACCAGCAUUAAGACUGAGCCAGCUGAGGACACAUCAGGCGGUGGCGACAUGAAGGUUGAGGUCAAGCAGGAGCCAAUGGCAACAGAAAUCAAGGUCAUGCAGGAGUCACAGACACCAGUGCUGGUGGGGGCCAUGAAAGAGGAGUUACACGAGAUGCAGAUGGAGAACAGACGACUGCAUAACAUGGUCACAGACUUGCACCAGCGACAUCAUCAACACACACUCAAGGUUGCAGAACUCCAGGACAGCCUUACAGCCGCUGAGACUGAGAUAGCAGAGCUGAAAAACAAGGUGGAAGAUCUUGAGUACAACUAUGAGGUUUCCUCUUCCCGUGCAGAGAAACUUGACCGCUACCUCUCGGACGCCUUUCAGAAGCUGCAGACAUAUGAGGAUAAGAAUGUGAUACAGCUGGAGGGGGGCAAGUGUGUCACUGGGGUCUCCAAAAACAAGUUUGAUGAGAUCCUGUCUGACCUGGAGGAGCAGCGAGAGCUGGCCACCAAUAGGCUGGUGGAGCUGGAGAGGCUGCAGAAGGACCACCAGAAGUCACUCAAGGAGAUCGAGCAGCUCAAACUGGAUUUACAACACCUGCCAGAGAGUGUGAUAGUAGAGACGACAGAGUACAAGUGCCUGCAGUCCCAGUUCUCUGUCCUCUACAACGAGAGUCUCCAGAUGAAGACCUUGCUAGACGAGGCCCGCAAUCUCGUGAUCACCAACAAGAAUGCUCAUCUUAGGCAGAUAGAGCAGAUGGAGAGUGAUGAGCUGCUGCAACAGAAGAAGCUGCGUACAGAGGUCAUACAGUUGGAGGACGCGCUUGGUCAGGUGCGCAAGGCGUACGAGAUGCUGAGGAUUGAGUUUGAACAGACACUGGCAGCUCAUGAACAGACUGGGUCUAUCAACCAGGAGAUGCGUAACCUGAUUCAGUCCCUGCAGAAACAGAACCAACAGUUGAAGGCAGAGGCGCAGCGAAAUCGACGCAAGGUCAAGGAGUGUCAGGUUGAGAUAACAAAGUUAAAGGAGAAGGUAGAAGAGAUGGCAGGCGCCAGCAAGGACUCAACCAGUGAAGGGGAGGCAAACGUGAGUGCGGGAGACGCAAGCAAGGGGAAGUCACCACGUGCAGACACCGGAGAGUUUGUGCUGCCCAAGGAUGAUGAUAACGAUGAUCUGGAGAAGGAGAGAGAGAAGGGGAAGAGUGAUGCUGACAUCUUCAAGGAGCUCAAGGCUCAACUCAAGAAGUCCCAGGACAGUCAGAAAGAGCUCAAGCUGCUGCUGGACAUGUACAAGGCUGCACCGAAGGAACAGAGAGACAAAGUGCAGCUGAUGGCAUGUGAGAAGCGUCUGAACAAGGAGAUAGAUGAGCUGAGGCAGCACAUCAAGAAGAUGCAGGAGACAGAGCGAAGGGAGAAGAAGAAACUGGCAGAGGAGGACGCACUGAGGAAGAUCAAGAAACUGGAGGACACCAUACAGGACCUGCAGAAGAGCCUUGCCACUCAGAAACAGCGUGAGGACGUUCUACUGAGUGAGAUGGAUGCCACAGGUCAGGCAUUUGAAGACAUGCAGGAGCAGAACACGCGGCUGCUGGAGAGAGUCCGCGAGAAAGAUGACGCAAAUCUCAAACUCAUGACCGAGCGUAUCAAGGGCAAUCAGAUCCAGAAGCUGCUUCGUGAGGAGAAGGAGGUGUUGGCCCAGCAGGUGUCCACCAUCCACACACAGGUGGAGGCACAGAUCCUUGUUGUGAGAAAGCUGGAGGAAAAGGAACGCAUACUGCAGAACAACAUCAUCACCAUGGAGAAAGAGAUUGGAUUGACGCAGCAGGCGUUAGAGCUACACAAGCGUAAGGCAGUGGAGAGCGCCCAGACGGCAGCGGACCUCAAGCUCCACCUGGACAAGUACCAGGCACAGCUGCGCGAGGCCCAGGUCGCCGUCGCUGAGAAGACAGGUGCCAUCGAGCAGGAGGCGUACAAGUACAAGAGGAUGCAGGAGGAAAUAGCUAAACUACAGAGGAAGGUGGAGCGCAGUAAGAAGAUUGAGAUGGCUGGAGGGGCCGAUGAAGUGCUUCUGGCAGAGAUAGCCGAAUACAAAGAGCAGCUGACAUGCCCGUCAUGCAAGGUGAACAAGAAGGAUGCCGUGCUCACCAAGUGUUUCCAUGUGUUCUGUCUCGAGUGUCUUAAGACGCGCUACGAGACACGACAACGCAAGUGCCCCAAGUGCAACGCUGGCUUUGGGGCCAAUGACUAUCACAGGCUGUACCUAACCUAAUGUUGGAGAAUCAUAUUGUGAGAUUUAGUAAUAAGUGGUAGAAUUUAAUAAAUUGUUGAGGAAAGUUGACCAAAGUAGACACAAUUUUGUCCUCUGAAGGCAAUAUUGGCAUUGACAAUGACUCAGCAUUAUUCUGCUCAGAGGGAUGAUAUUGUUUCCUUACAGGUGUUUUCUUCCUUUUUCAUGACAAGCUAUUUAUUUUUCAAUUGUGCAGCAUCUGUUUAAAGCAUUUUAAUUUCCUAAGAGAAGUUAUAAAAUCACACAACUGCAUGAUUUAAGUGUUCAUUGAAUUUUCUCUAUUUUCUCUUAAAAUUCAUAAACUGAUACCCUGGUUUGGAACUUAUUGAUGCUAUGAAACCAGUAGAUUUAGUCAUAUUGACUGAUACUGUGUUCAGUUUUUAAUAAACUUUAUAUGUGUUCAUAUAUUGCAUUGACACUUAUUUGUAUAUUUUCCAACAUUUUACAGUUCUAUGAAUGUUUUGCAUAAUUGACAUUGUAACAAUAGUGUGACUGGACAUUUGAGUGUGUAUUAUCUGUUACCUAAAUAUAUCAAUAUCUUAAAUAAUGUAUUAUAAUGGCAAGCAUUACUAUUGAAGAAAUUAACACCUUGUCUACAUCUAGUUGAAAAAUUAGCAAAUUUAUUAAUAAUAGGAUCUUAUGUUUAUAUUUAUGUAACAAAUGCUUAAAUAAUUAAUAAAGAUCUGAUUUUUG